GUAUGGCCGAGCAGGCAGGCACAGCGAACAGAGGGGUCAUUCAGAGAAUGCUUUCUGUUGUUGGUGCUCACAGUCUGCUCAGCACUUUGUGGGGCUAUGUGGACUCCACAAUAAGGCAGUGCUGGAUCCUCAGCUGGCUGCCAUCAUGGUGUCCCACCUCUCAGAUCAUGCUACAGACUGCAGAGGACAUGAUGCUUCGAUGUGUGAACAGCACGUUCUUCAAACAGUAUGUCCCCAUCUCCAACAGUAACCUGCUGUGGACCCUGACCUUUAAUAGGGACCAUGUCAAGCACAAAUCCCCCAUGGUUCUGCUCCAUGGGUUUGGAGGUGGUGUGGGCCUUUGGGCUCAGAACCUGGAUGCUCUCUCUCAGCAUCGGCCUGUCUUUGCCAUGGACCUGCUGGGCUUUGGACGGAGCAGCAGGCCUCUGUUCUCCACAAAUGCCCAGGAGGCAGAGGACCAGUUUGUUGAGUCUAUAGAGCAAUGGAGGGCUAAAGUUGGUCUGGAGUCCAUGAUACUGCUGGGGCACAACCUGGGAGGAUACCUGGCUGUGUCAUACUCCAUUAAAUAUCCUGGCAGAGUGAAGCAUAUAGUGCUGGUGGAGCCCUGGGGUUUUCCUGAGCGCCCGUACAUAGUAGAGGCAGACCGUCCCAUCCCGGUAUGGAUCAAAGCCCUAGGGGCCCUGUUCAGCCCCUUCAACCCCCUGGCUGGCCUGAGACUGGUUGGACCACUGGGGCCCCUUCUGGUCCAGACUCUGAGACCGGACUUCAAGAGGAAGUUCUCCUCCAUGUUCAGUGACAACACUGUAUCGGAGUACAUCUACCAUCUGAAUGUGCAAACCCCCAGUGGGGAAACCGCCUUUAAGAAUAUGACCAUUCCCUACGGUUGGGCUAAGAGACCGAUGCUACAAAGAAUGGACCAGCUUCAGCCUAAGAUCCCCAUCACCAUCAUCUAUGGAUCCCGCUCCAGCAUAGACAGCAACUCAGGCAGCACCAUCAAACAGAUGAGGCCACACUCUCAUGUGGAGAUCAUAACAGUCCGUGGAGCCGGACACUAUGUAUACGCCGACCAGCCAGAGGACUUCAACCACAGAGUUGUGCAAGCGUUGGAUAAAGUGGACUAAAGCAGACACAAGGCUGGUUACUGAACUUUGGACAAAAAAGGGGAGCACAAAUAACAGACUUGACUUUAGCUGCCACUAUAGAAACACAGGAUUCCACGCCCUCAAAGCAGGAACAAGAAGUCUAUUUUUAUAUCAUGUGAAAUACUUCAAGUGUGAAUUGAGCUUUAUUUUUGUGAAGGAAUACAAUUAGACUCUAAUAUGACAUAAUGAUAUUAUAUUUAGUUACAUAUUAAAUCAUAUCAUGCUGAAA